ACCCAGCCUAACAUAACACAACCUAUCUUUUUCACCCUCGUUUUGUGGUUUAUGUAGUGUGACGAAAAGAUAUUCUAAUGUCAAGAAUCUCCCAAACCUGUGACUGUUCACUCAAAAAUAAAAAGUCCAAAACUUUUGAUAAAUAAAUAUAAAAAUUGUAUUCAAUUUUAUAUUAAAACCCGAAUGUGUCACUAUAGUGCAUUGGCAAAAUUUGGAUAACGAUUGUUCCGUAACGAGGUUCUGUACCUCGUCUGUGAUAUAGUUUUUCCUUUUUAAUUUACGUAGAAAUUAAAUAGUAGCAAAAUGGUUCUCGCAGAUUUAGGUCGUAAAAUAACAUCUGCACUACGAUCCCUUAGCAAUGCAACUGUCAUCAAUGAGGAAGUUUUAAAUUCUAUGCUAAAAGAAAUAUGUGCGGCAUUACUUGAAUCAGAUGUUAAUAUCAGGCUUGUCAAAAAGCUGAGAGAAAAUGUACGUCUUGUAAUUGAUAUUAAUGAUAUAGCUGGUGGCCUUAAUAAGAGGAGAAUGAUACAGAGUGCUGUAUUUAAAGAACUUGUAAAGCUCAUUGAUCCUGGAGUAAAAGCUUAUCAACCAAUCAAAGGACGUCCUAAUGUAAUCAUGUUUGUUGGUUUACAAGGUUCAGGCAAAACAACUACUUGUACAAAACUUGCUUAUCAUUAUUUAAAGAAAAAUUGGAAGGCUUGUUUAGUUUGUGCUGAUACUUUUCGUGCUGGUGCAUAUGAUCAAAUAAAACAAAAUGCAACAAAAGCAAGAAUUCCAUUUUAUGGAAGCUACACAGAAGUUGACCCCGUUACAAUAGCACAGGAUGGCGUGGAAAUGUUUAAAAAAGAAGGUUACGAAAUUAUUAUCGUUGACACUAGUGGUAGGCACAAACAGGAAGAGUCUUUGUUUGAGGAAAUGCUUCAAGUUGCAAAUGCAGUUCAACCAGAUAAUAUAAUUUUUGUAAUGGAUGCAACGAUAGGUCAGGCUUGUGAAGCUCAAGCAAAAGCUUUCAAGGAACGUGUUAAUGUCGGUUCUAUCAUUAUUACAAAACUGGAUGGACAUGCAAAAGGUGGAGGUGCUCUUUCAGCAGUUGCCGCAACACAAAGUCCAGUAAUCUUUGUGGGUACAGGAGAGCAUAUAGAUGAUUUAGAACCAUUCAAAACAAAACCUUUUAUUAGUAAAUUAUUGGGUAUGGGCGAUAUUGAAGGACUUAUAGACAAAGUAAAUGAAUUAAAUCUUGAUGAUAACGAAGAGCUACUUGAAAAAAUCAAACAUGGACAUUUUACUCUGAGGGACAUGUAUGAACAGUUUCAAAAUGUUAUGAAAAUGGGGCCAUUUUCUCAACUAAUGGGAAUGAUACCUGGUUUUAGUCAAGACUUUAUGUCGAAAGGUACAGAACAAGAGUCUAUGGCAAGACUAAAACGUAUAAUGACUAUUAUGGACAGUAUGAAUGAUACAGAAUUGGACAACAGAGAUGGUGCGAAAUUAUUUAGUAAACAACCAGGCAGAAUUGUAAGAGUAGCACAAGGUUCUGGAGUAACAGAAAAAGAAGUCAAAGAUGUAAUUACACAAUAUACAAAAUUCGCAGCAGUUGUCAAGAAAAUGGGUGGUAUUAAAGGAUUAUUCAAAGCAGGAGAUAUGUCUAAAAAUGUAAAUUCAAUACAAAUGGCAAAGUUAAAUCAUCAAAUGGCAAAAAUGAUGGAUCCCAGAGUUUUACAUCAAAUGGGUGGCAUGCCAGGAUUACAAAAUAUCAUGAAACAACUUCAACAGGGUGCGGCAGGAGGACUUGGAAAUUUAAUGGGUGGUUUUGGUGGAAAAUCGUGAAAAAUGAUUUGUUAGGCAAUAUAAUGACUGAUAUAAUUCUUUGUUAACCUAUUAAUCGGGGAAGACGAGUCAAUUCGUCAUUAGAAUAAUAAAUUUUUUAUCUAAAAAUUCCUUUUUACACAUAAUUCCAUUUUUAUUAUAAAUAAAUUAUAUUAUAUUUUAUAUUUGCAAGGACUAAAUUUGACUAAUUAAAAUUGAUUUGUCUUCACUAUUAACUUUGAAUUUCAUAAUUAAGAUUUCUAAUUAAGGGACGAUCCGUUUAACAGGUUAAACAUUAUUUACGUAGUCAUCAGAGAAAGAAAGUGGAGGAAAUGGAAAAGAGAAUAAAAAAUUUGAAACUUAUUAUUCUACGAAGAUGAUCUUUUGAAAGUUUUCAAGAAUCUUUAGAAAGAAUUUUAUGUUUACAGAUCUUUUUCAACGCGAAAGAAAUAAAAAAGAUGAUGUUCGUUAUCA